AAUCGGCCAUUGCUAUUGCUUCGUACUCGGCGGUGUCACAUUUUUCAUAUUUCUUUGUUAUCGCUAUAGGAAGCAACAAUGCUAGGGAAUUAGUAAUUGUAGAUUAUUUAAACCACAUUGUUAUUGAUAUAAGAGAAUCAAUAUGUUUGGACUCUUUCUCUCCAUAUUAAGCUGGGUAGGGCUCAGCCCCGUCCCUUUUCUUGCCAAUAUAUUAAAUACAACUGAGCCAGCUCUGAGGCUAUUAAUAUCAAUUUUAUUGGGUUAUCCUUUGGGUAUUAUUUACCAUAAAUAUGUACGAAAAUACCCUGAAUAUAGGAACCUGUAUUUUGUUAUUACUGGUGCAGACAUAGCAUUGUACAACUUUGGAAAAGCUAUAAUACACAACACUGUACCAGCACUCAUGAUAUAUUUUACAACAUCUAUGUUUGGACCCGGCAAACUGAAUGUGAUUAUAUCAUUUGUUUUCAACAUGACAUAUCUCAUUGUUGGUUACAUAAUGACAGAAUCAGAGAAUUAUGAUAUCACAUGGACAAUGCCUCACUGUGUAUUAACUUUGAAGCUCAUUGCCUUGUCUUUUGAUCUAUGGGAUGGGCAAAAACUCUUAAAAGGCGCAGAAUUAUCAGAAAAUAGUAAAAAAACAGCACUCCGUGAAACACCUUCAUUGUUGGAACUUAUUGGAUUUGUGUAUUUCCCAGCUUGUUUUCUUGUUGGACCUAUAUUCUCGUUUAAGAGAUAUUCUGACUUUUUGUCUGAAAGAUUCCCAUUUGAUAAGGAAAUAGUGAAUACAAAACAUAUUUACGAGACCAAAGCUAUGAAGAGGCUAAUACAGGGCAUAGCAUACUUGGCCGCAUUUCAAGUUGGAGGGUCUGUCUUUAAUGUGAAAUACAUGUUAUCCGAUGAGUUUUGGGAGACGUCUAUAUUUUACAGACACUUUUAUUGUGGUUUGUGGGCCCAUUUUGCUCUCUACAAAUACAUCUCCUGUUGGCUGCUAACUGAAGCAUCCUGCAUCAGAAUUGGUAUUUCAUAUAACCGUGCGGAUGAAACACCAGGUAAGUUAUCUAACUGGGACGGCUGUAGCAACAUCAAAUUGCUGUGCUUUGAAGGUGCAACGAAAUUUCAACAUUAUAUUGAUAGCUUCAAUUGUAAUACAAAUCAUUUUGCUGCCGAGUACAUAUAUAAACGUCUCAAGUUCUUAGGUAACCGUAAUCUGAGUCAACUGUUCACUCUGUUCUUCUUAGCGCUGUGGCAUGGUACUAGAUCAGGAUAUUAUGUUACCUUCUUCAACGAAUUCAUUAUUAUUUACAUGGAAAAAGAAUUUGAAAGUAUUAUAAGUAAAACUGCGAUUUAUCAUGAAAUGUGGCAGAAUAAAUUUGCUAGAUACAUUUUAUAUGUCAUUCUGAAGAUAUACACAAUAGUGUUUAUGGGUUGGAGCUUGGUACCCUUUGAUGUGAAAGUAAUAUCAAAAUGGUGGUCCAUAUAUUCCAGCCUCUAUUUUUCUGGUUUUAUAAUUUUCUUGCCAUGGGGUUUUGCUUAUAAACCCCUACUCAUAUGGUCUCUAAAAUAUUUUAAUGUAAGAAAAGUAACUAAAAAUGAAUAAAUAUUAAUGUUGAUAAAGUACCAAAUAUUAAAAAAGUAUAUAAAUUGUCUAUUUAAAUGUACAAGAGUUAUUUUGCUCUGUUUGAUAUAUUAGGUAUACCGGUAUGAAAUUAGCGUUUUUUUGUGAAAAUAAAUCACUAAUUAUUAAUGGGAAAGUAAAAAACAUUUUAUUCAAAGUAUUGGCCAAAGUAUUCACCAUAUGCCUCGACAAGCAUUCGAUGCGACCUUGCAGCACUUUUCUUCAAAUGAAAACAAAAAAUUAAUGCUUUCCUCAAAUCAUCACUUUCUGGUACAAAAUUUGACAUUUUUAACACGAUGAAAAAAUAUGAUGAUGUCUGUUCAAUGACUUGAUGUAGACUAAAUAUGUUUCACAGAUGUCAUAGCAAACAAACAAAAAAAAAUAAAGGCUCGUUCUAAACAAAUGUUCCUUAUCUAGACAUUUGUAUCUUGACGCUCACUUCAUACCGGUAUACCUGGUACAUAAUGUGAUAAUACAAUGUUUAAUGAUGAACAUGAAAAAAUUAUGCACUACUGAAAAUCUUUAUUGUUUGUUAUAUUUUUUUUAAAUGUUAAAAAACAUAUGUCGUUUUUUCGGUUAGUUUUUUUUUGUAUUGGUAUUAAAAAUGUUGUACCACGUUUUAAUUUUGGUAGUGACAUUAAAAAAUUGUUCUUAAUCAUUAAUGAAUUUGAUAAAUCAAAAUAGGUUGUAAUUCUGUUAUCGUACAAUUAAAUGCAAAUUAAUGGAGUCUUUUUUUUGUGACUGAGUAGUCACUGUUUGCCUUGAAGAGGCAUUUACAGCUUCACCGGGCUUGAGGUGGCCCAGCGCAAAUGCCGUGAAUUAGGCUUAGCCUGAUCCUCGUUUAAGAGUAACAAGACUCGAGGGCUCCCUCAAGAGCCUCGACUCGGGCUGUUACUUCGUUAUAGUUACUAGAUUCAAGGGUGUCCGAUAGGGCCGAACCUCGGCUUGAUCGGUUGCUAUUAUCGGAUAGCUAUAAAUACAUCUAACAUUACUAUCACUUCGGAAAGCGUUAUCGUUGGGAGAAGAAGUGGCGGAAGAAACUCCAGCAACGCUUCUAUUAUUAAUAGGAGAAAAUCUUCCUGCUAUGAGGCCGUAUCGCGAGAAUGAUGUCCGCAGCCGACAGCGACUGCGGCGUUUGAUCUGUCUGUGUUGUUUUACCUUAGCUCGAGCGAUAGGGAUUGGAUCGUCUUGUAAGUCAAGGAUGUUCCUAGGUCUACGAUGAUCCCGACGGAAUUUACCGAGUGCGAUUGGUUUGUAAGUGGCGGCACUUACAACUAGUGGAUUAGGAUGGCCGACGGCAGAGUCAAAAUAACGACGCGACGCUAACUUCAGGUGUUGGGCAAGUCCAAGUCUAUAUGAAGAUCACUGUUGCGCAUGUACCACGGGGCUCCCGUGGCUCUACGCAUGAAUCUAUUCUGAAUCACCUGAAGUCGAUGUAUUUGUUUCGGGGAUAUGUGCGCAAAUACCGGGCUAGCAAUAAUGGAGUCAUUUUUGUAGUAUUUCAUAGUGUUUUAUGGUUCUUUUUUAUGUUUUUUUUUUUAUUACAUGUAAUAAGAAAUAUAAAAGGAUAGUUGCAAAAAUAAAGGAAAAUUUUAAAUUCAUUUUUUAGCAUAAUAAUCUUCACAGUCAUCUAAAGUUUAUAUCUAGAAAUAUAUAUCAGUUAAAAUGUAAUUACAAAAACAUGCAAAUGAAAUUUGGAACACCAUUGUGUGCACCAUAAAAUGCUUUAUAGAUAUUUAAUUACUAAACAUAAAAGUUCAUAUAAGCAUUUUAAAUAAAUAGUUGUUUGUAGCUAAAACGUAGGCAUUUUCCUCGAUGAUGCAUCAGUGAUUUCAGACCUUUUAGCAUAUUUUGGUAGCUUCUGAUUGUAUGCAUAUUAA